AUGGCGACGGGCGGCGGCGGCGGGCCCGGGGCUGCGGGCCGGGAGGGGGCGGGGCGGGGCCGGGCGCCGCCCCGGGGCGAGAGCAGGCGGCCGAGCGCUCGGGGCAGCGCCGGGGCGGAGAGGAGGGGCCCCUACCUGCUCUGCCGCCCCCCCGCCGGCCACGCCAAGCUCCAGCGGCCGCGGGAGCCGGCGAAGGCGGCGCCGCGAUGGCACGGGCUGCUGGGGGGGACCCCGAGAAAGGCAGCGGCUAAAAGCAGGUCCGCGAGGUCCCGUGGGGGCUACGUGGCGCUCAGCCAGGUGGCAGAGGACGGCCUGGUGUCCCCCAGCUCGGGCAGCGAUGGGGAGCUGGAAUCGAGGGGCUCCUCCGGCUACUCCUCCGCCGAGGUGAACCAGGAGCUGAGCCGGCAGCUGCUGCAGGACGGCUACCACCUGGACGAGGUCCCUGACGACGAGGACCUGGACCUCAUCCCCCCGAAACCCGCCGCCGCCCCGUGCCCGUGGUGCUUCGGGGACUCCCUCUGCUGCGUGCUGCAGUAGGCACGGCUCCCCACGGCCCUCGGGGAGUCUGGUGGCACCCCAGGAGCUGCGCUGCGCCCCGAGGUC